GCUUCCAAUCAUAAGCAACUUCACUUUCAUUACUAUUUUCAUUCUCAAUCAUAAGGAGUGGCCCAUGCAUUUGCGCGGCUAGGUUAACAAUAUGUUUUUUCUGCAUAUAAUUUUAGGUUAUGACAAAGUCCCGAGUAUUAUGCCAUAAUAGUUAUUUUGCAUAUAAAUAUGUUAGCGCAAAAUCUGUGACAAAUGGUUAUAUUACUUUACUGGAGCAGUGCAAAUAUAUUUAUCUCUGAAAGAUAUAUUUGGCAAGCACUGGUUUCCAAUAUCUUUGUAACAAGUGUUUUCUCGAUCCCAUGUGGCCGCCGCAAGUGAACACAUGCCUAUUUCUUCCUCCAUUUUUUUUCUUACAAAGGGUGGAUUUUAUUGACUCAAAAGACAAACACAAUGAGCGCACACCUGGCUUGUGCAUAACUAGGAUGCACACAAUCAACACCAACGCGUACACACACACAAAAGAAAAGCACGCCGGCAAAGAGCAAACUCAUGCAUGAUCAAAGCUAUGCGUACACAAUGAAAGGAAAAAAGAAGCGUUUAAUAAACUAUGGCAAGGACCAUAUCCGCGCCAACCAUCUUUUGACACCACAAGAACAAUGACAAAGGUUCUUCAACAGCAACACCUUCAGGAAGGGAACGAUGCUCAAGCAUUGUCGUCACCGGAUCCAACCACCAAAGGCCAGAUUAUAGUUUUUCACCCUGAAGAAUAAGUUCGAGCAUAUCCGACCAAGGCCUUCAACAAGGUAGCAACACAAAAACAUUGCUAUUGCUAGGUAUAGCAACUCGGGUCAGACUUAGGGUUUUCACCGCGGAGCUCGAGACCGGGUACUUAGAGAAGCACCACCAAAUUGAAGUCAAUCAUGUAUUGUCGUCACCAUUUUCAGCGAUCCCAGUAGCUACAAGUGUAGCAUAGUAUCGAGUGACGGCACCACAGCCGCCGCUACACAACCAUACCCUCUGCGUGAAGCUGCUGUCCAUAGAUUUCAUCUCUCCACCGAAUGCAAACUAGUUGGAGUGAAAGCCGCCAAAACCCACAAAUGAACCUUCUGGCUACAACCUGCAACCUUGCCAGUGUGAGCCACCAAUAGCAGCCACUGGAUCUGGAGAGAGGGUCCCUCAUGAAGACCAUUUGGUGUCCUCUGCAAUCUGCCGCUCAAGUGGUCGGUUGAUGCCAUCACGAUCAGGAUGAGAAAUGACUCGGCGCGCCAGAUCUGGAAGACAGGGACCUCGCCGGGGACACCAAGUUGGGAGAGGGCUGGCUCCAACGAUGGCCAAAGGCCCACAACCAGGAGCCGGGAGGCCGCACCCCAAUCGCCAUAAGAGACCGCGCAGCCCUGUAGCUAGAGGAGGGUGAGUCCCGGUGGUAGCGGCGGCUCACCCAUAGCUCGAGCGGUGGCGGGGUCUAGCGAGGAGAGCCGUGCCGUCACGCCGAAGAACCGGAGCGACGACAAGGAUGGGAUGGGAUGGGAUGCAAGGAUGGGAUGGGAGCACUGCCGCCGAGGGCUUUGCUUGGCGGCGCAUCAACGGUGACGUGUGGGGGAGGGGACGGGGUUGUAGAAGGCUAAUGGCGGCGGCGGAGGAGUGCCUCCCCCUAUUAAAAUUGACAGAGCAUUUCACUUCUCCCGGCCUGUGCACCAACAAGGGAUGGACACAACCAUUUUAGUAUGAGUACUAGGAUUUUUAGCUUGAUGUGUUGUUCCACGAUGCAUCAAGUUUGGUCCUCGAGGAUUUUUUUUUGUAUGAGUACCAAUAUUUUAAUGUACCAACUCCCUUCAACCUUCUUGUAUGCUUCUUCUCUCCCAAGUCAUCGCUUAAUGCGCCACUUGAUUUUGUCUGUGCGGCCGGUCACCAGCUUGAUCUCCUUUUGGCCCACAUUUUCCAUUCCUAUGAUGCCCUGCUCCACUGCCUCUUGCGCAACCCCCCCCCCCCCCCCCCUCCCCGGCUAACCCUAGACCCAAGGCUUAAAUUUCUCAAAAAAACUGCUACAUGAGGUUCUUGCAUGGUCCUGUCGCUGACGAGGUCCAUGUCCCCAACAAGAUGAAGCACUCCGCCAGCCACCCUCUCGUUGUGGCAAUCACUGGAUAGCAUCGAAAGUGGGGGGUUGCCUGAGUUCUAGAGGGGGGCAGGGGGUCGCUGACGUUCUAGAUUUGGGGUCGCUGGACAUGCUGACAGAGGAGCCCUAGCCGUCGCUAGCAAUGGGGAAUUGAAAAAGAAGACCAAAAUUCUAUUUUGUGAAGGAAUCAGUUCGUGAAAAUACUGUUAAGUGAAUGGCAUGGUGGGGUAUUUUCAUCAUAACUCCAGGGACAGGGGAUAUGGUCCGUGUAGAAGCAUCUAUUUCUCUACUCCAUUAAAAUGAACUAGAUGGUACUCCAACUCGAUGUAUGUUGAUCUACUACUCGUAUUUGAUCCGGACGAUGUUUCGUAGAGUCAUCUAACACACUCCACUAAAAAAAUCAAAGUUGAGGCAUUUGAGUUGCAUCAGAUUCAGUACUGAAGUUGUGGAGCGUAGCUGUCCCAAACACACCCUUAAUAGCAGAAGCCAGACAUGUUGGCUACAACACCUUAGUAGGAUGCUUCUUUCAAGUCUUCAAGAAAAUUCCAAUCAAAAAUUAAACUAGAGAUUAAUGGCUUAUAGGUAAACCUUUUAAGCACUUCUCCACUCAGUACCUUUAGGGGAACUGAAAUAUCAACCAACUUGUUAAUGUGUAUUUAUUUCUAAUUCUUAAUUUCGUACAAAAAUAGUAGUAUCCGUACAUGUCUGCGCAUAUUAUUCCUAAUUUAGCUAUUUAUGUCCCCUUCUAGUAGCAUUUCUUGCCUCCUGAUAUAGAGUUCACAUGAAACUAAUUUGCUAACAUUUUUUGGUUUCAUAUUUGCAUUUAGUAUUUUUUUUUCAGAAGCAGUGCUAUUUUUAUCCAGCUAAUAUUUUUUAUUCACAAUUUAUUUCUAACUUCAUAUAUAAAGCACAAACUUCAUUUCAACACUAUACUUUUGGGACAAUUUAUUUCUAACUUAGCUGUUUAACUAUUUUAUAUGUGGCUUCCACCAACUUUUUGCAACAUUAUACUUAAUUCUUAUGUAUAUAUUACUAUAUAUAUAUAUGUAUAUAAUUGUUUUAUGUAAACCCAACUACUAACUUGUAUGGAAACAUUGUUUUCAAUUUACGGAAGAGGAGAAAAGGCCACUGUUUAAGUAUACAUAGUAGAAGCUUUGCGCGCUUAUACGUUUACAUGGUGAUGGUGUCAUCAUGUGCACUGCAAAUGCUUUACGAAUCCACUGUACUUUGUUGGUAUUUCUCACGGCCUUCAGUUUUUGCCAUUCUGCAAAACAAGUCACGUUGGUGUUUUCUGGUGGAUCUCUAGCACUGAAUUCAAUCUGUCUGAUCAAUGGCAACCAUACUAGAAUCUUUGCUUGGAUCAUGUGCCAAUAAGUUGAAAGAUAUCAUUACAAAUGAGGCCAUAUUAAUCCUAGGGGUGGAAGAAGAGCUCGCAGAACUGCUGCGACGAGUAGAGUUAAUACGAUGUUGUAUAUAUGAUGCUGAGAAAAGGAGGACAAAAGAGUUAGCAGUAAACAAUUGGCUUGGUCAACUGAGAGAUGUCAUAUAUGAUGUUGAUGAAAUGUUAGAUAUGGCCAGAUGUAAAGGUAGCAAGCUACUGCCUGACCAUCCUUCAUCAUCAUCAAGCAAAUUAGCUGCAUGUAAAUGCCUUUCAAUUUCCUCUUGCUUUUGUUACAUCGGGUCACGUCGUGAUGUUGCUGUUCAGAUUAGAAUUCUGAAUAAGAAGAUAGAGAACAUUUCAAAGGACAAGAUUUUUUUAACACUCAACAGUAGUACACAACCUACUGGAAAGGGUUCAACAUCCAAACUGAUAAGAAGUUCCAACCUUGUUGAGCCCAACCUUGUGGGGAAGGAGAUCAUACAUUCUAGCAGGAAACUGGUUGACUUAAUUCUUGCACACAAGGAAAGUAAGUCUUACAAGCUUGCUAUUGUUGGAACAGGAGGAGUUGGUAAGACAACACUAGCUCAGAAAAUAUACAAUGACCAAAAAGUAAAAAGAAGCUUCAGGCAACAGGCAUGGGUUUGUGUUUCGCAAGACUAUAGUGAAGUAACACUUCUGAAAGAGGUUCUCCGAAAUAUUGGUGUGCAUCAUGAGCAAGGGGAAACCAUAGCAGAACUACAGAGAAAGGUUGCAGAAACAAUCAACGGAAAGAGUUUCCUUCUUGUCCUAGAUGACGUCUGGCAUCCCAAUGUAUGGAUGGAUUUAUUAAGACCUGCAUUGCAUGAAACGACCGCCGGAGUAUUAUUGCUAACCACACGAGAUGAUCAAAUUGCAAAGAGAAUAGGUGUAGAACAUACCCAUCGAGUUGAUCUCAUGUCAGUAGAGGUGGGAUGGGAGCUACUUUGGAAGAACAUGAACAUCGACAAAGAGAAAGAAGUGCAGAAUUUAAGAAACACUGGGAUUGAGAUUGUUCGCAAAUGUGGCCGCCUCCCUCUUGCUAUCAAGGUUAUUGCUAGUGCUUUGGCUGGCAGGGAUGUAACGGAGAAUGAGUGGAAAAAGUUUCUGGAAAAGUAUGCUAGCUCACAAAGCAUGUUCUCUGAUGAAACUGAAGGAGUUUUGUAUCUAAGCUACGAUGAAUUACCACAUCGUCUUAAGCAGUGUUUCCUUUAUUGUGCUUUGUAUAUUGAAGGUACUAUCAUUCUUCGUAGGGAAAUUACCAUGUUAUGGAUUGCUGAAGGUUUCGUCGAGGAGAAACAAGGCCAACUAUUAGAAGACACAGCAGAAGAGUACUACUAUGAGCUAAUCCAUCGGAAUCUCCUCCAUCCAGAUAGUGUAAUUUUUGACCAGGCCGAAUGCAGAAUGCAUGACCUUUUGAGACAACUUGCUUGCUAUAUAUCAAGAGAAGAAUGUUUUAUUGGGGAUGUUGAAACAUUAAGUGGUAAAAAUAUGUCAAAACUGCGACGUGUUAAUGCUAUCAGCAAGAAGGGUAAAGUAGUGUUACCUAGAAUGGAUAAGAUGGAAAUUAAGGUGAGGACUUUCCUAGUUGUUAAUGGUCCACGGAGAAUCGAUGAUACACUAUUCAAGAAAUUUCUGCUUCUUCGUGUUCUGGUACUGAAUUACUCACUUGUGCAAAGCAUUCCAGAUUAUAUAGGAAAACUGAUACAUCUACGCCUACUUAAUCUAGAUUAUACUAGCAUAUCUUGUCUUCCGGAAUCCAUUGGCUCCUUAAAGAACCUUCAAGUUCUGAGCUUGAGAUGGUGCGAGAAUCUGCACAGUCUUCCUUGGGCGACGACCCAGUUGUGCAGUUUAAGACGUCUUGUUCUCGUCUGCACAAAAAUAAAUCAGGUUCCAAAAGGAAUAGGAAAAUUGAAGUUCCUGACUGAUUUACGAGCAUUUCCUGUUGGUGACGGAAGUGAUAAUGUUGAUAUGCAAGAUGGAUGGCAGUUGGAAGAGUUAUCUUCUGUGUCGCAGAUGAGGUUUCUUGGUCUUGUUAGAUUGGAAAGGGUGACUCAUUGUAGUACAAAUACAGUGUUGACGGACAAAAAGCAUCUAAAAGAACUAAGACUAUUCUGGACUGAACAUGGAGAGGAACCAUAUACCGAAGAAGAUGUUAGCAAUGCUCAGAAUGUCCUUGAGCAGCUAAUACCUCCACGCAACCUGGAAAACCUAACUAUUUCACGGUUUUUUGGUCGGCGUUAUCCCACAUGGCUUGGUACCAGCUGUUUGUCUUCAGUGAUACACUUGCUCCUCACCGAUUUACGAUCAUGUGUGGAACUUCCACCAAUUGGGCAGCUACCAAACUUGAAAUAUCUGAAAAUUGAUGGAGCAUAUGCAGUUACCAAGGUUGGACCUGAAUUUGUUGGUUGCAGGAACAGUGAUCCCGUAUGGAAUGAGUUAGUUGCUUUCCCUAAACUUGAAUGGUUAAUAAUCAUGGAUAUGCCAAACUGGGAGGAGUGGUCUUUUUUUGAAGAAGAAACUGCUGAGAAUGAAGGGGGGGAGGAUGGAGCUGCUGAAAUUCGAAAAGAUGAUGUCCGAUCUGCAGGAUAUCAACUGUUCCCUCGUUUGAUGGUGUUGGAUCUCUUCAAUUGCCAUAAAUUGAGGGCUCUUCCGCGACGGCUUGGAGAGGAUACCGCCAGCUUGAAGGAGCUCAGAUUAAUUGGAACAAACAACUUGAAGGCCCUGGAGGACUUCCCACUGCUGUCUGAGCUCCUUAUUAUUCAGAAAUGUGAAAGCUUGGAGAGGAUCUCCAACCUCCCUCAAGUGACAGAGCUGCGUGUACAUGGCUGUCCGAACUUGAGCCAUGUGGAGGGUGUGGGAAGCUUGCAGCAGCUGGGGCUGGGCGAGGAUAUGCAAGAGAUAUCUUCCUGCUGGGUGUUUGGUCUUCAAGAGCAGCACCAACGACUUCAUGGCAAUGACCUGGAUAUCUACACAUUGUCUACCAGUUAGAUGGCAAUGAAAACACAAGGCUGGACUGAAGGUGCAGUUCACUUGAGCGGGCAAAGCAUGAUGAGGCAUACUAAGUUGAGGAGGCCUGUCAAUGUUGAAGGUGCACAGGUAGCAUGAUGCGUACCAAGCUGGUGAAUGAAGUAUUCUGUUUUCCUUUGGGAAUACUGUAUCGCAUUUCAUUUUGUUUAUAUCUGAGUUCGGGCCAGACGCCUUUGCUGUACUAAACCUCCCAUGUGGUAUGCUUUCAGUUUCCGACGAGUUUCGUUUUAUUUUUUUCCUGAACUUGGGGCCAGAGGCCUUUGCUGUACUGAACCUGUGUGACACAGUUUGGUUCUUUGGAUGUAACCGACAAACUUUAUUUUCACGUGAUUGUAUUAUUUGAAUGGAAGUGAUGCAUUUCUUUUUA